AUGGAUGGCUAUCGAAAAAGGGAUCAAUCUGUCUUGGUGUGGAGACACAAGGCUCAGCUUCUGCGGGAGCAAGGAUUAUAUUCUUCUAGAAGUAUUCUAAGCGUUGAUCACCAGGCUGGUCAGGAUGAUCGUUCGCCGCAAAUGCACAGAAAUGGAAAUGCCGCCACUACCUUACUAGGGAGUGUUCAUUAUACCUGUAUGUCAUUGGUUCUACAAUCACUUCGUGAUAGUUUUCGAAAUUCGAGUAAUAUUUUCUACCCCGCAACCCAUAAUAAACUUGCUAGCCUUGCAUCUCCAUUCUCUCUUGUUUUCUUCCCGGCAAGCGAUAUCCGUAUUCCAAGACAUCAGCACCACAUUACACUUCUGAAGUAUUCACCAUCUCCAGUCUUGUUUGUGACGUAA